CGCUUUGGUCAUUUCCGUGUGCUCCCCACUUCUUGUUUGUUCGUUCUCUCUGUCUCUUCUCUCUGCAAAAUCACAGCGAUCGGUCAUGGCUUUGAACAACGGGCUCAGAUCUUGCGCCUCGAAGCUCCUCACUUCCACAGAAUCAUUUCUCCCCAAAUCAGUGAAUAGAGGCUUCCAUUCAACUGGCAUGAAGAGAAUGAGUGGAGGACAUGCUCAUGGCCACGAUGAACCAUUCUACGUUCACGCAAAGCACAUGUACAACUUGGACAUGAUGAAUCAUCAGGCGCUGAAGAUGAGUCUUACUGUCCUCGGUGUCUUCAGCAUUGGUGUAGGUGUCCCUAUCUUUGCUGUCAUCUUCCAGCAAAAGAAAACUUCUUCCGGCUAAGUCGCCACUUCAAUCCUCCUUUGUUACAAUAACAGAGACCAUUUUGGUAUGCCUUGUAUUAGACUUUAAGUAAUGGUUUUCAUUGGUUCAAAGAUUUAUCAUUAUUCCUGGUGUUUUGUCUGGCAAUGUCAAUGCUAUUUGCCUGUUCAGCUUCAACAUGGAAAUAUUUUCUUCAGUAACAUGUUGAUAAUAAUAUUUACUGGCUUUUGUUCAAA